UUGAAUGCUGAUUUAGCCCCGCAGUUGUUGCUCAUGCCGCCGCUUAACCCUCCAUUGAACAACACAGAAUCAUAAAUAAAACCAAAUACUCAUUCUCACAAGUGGAUAACUCCCUUGUAAUCCCACUCCAAAAUUCAAGGACCCUAAUCUUCCCUUUAGAUCGAUAAGCGACUAAAUUACCCCUCAUCCAUAUAUCCCAUAUAUAUGGUUUCCCUUCACUUUCACUCCUUUUCUUUCAACUGAACCGGCUCUUGAAGCUCAGGGCCUCAAGCCAGCCGAGCCAUUUUCUUGCACUGUUAAUGGCGCUCCCGCAGUGCUUGAUGAGAGAGAUACAAGGCAAGCAAGCCCAUGAUCCUUCUUUCAUGGAGAAGGGUAUUAUUAAGACACGAUGCGAGUACGUCGACGGCCCGGUGAUCGUCGGCGCCGGCCCUUCGGGGCUGGCUGCGGCGGCUUGUCUGAAACAAAAGGGUGUCCCCAGCGUUGUUCUUGAGAGAUCCGGCUGCAUAGCUUCGUUGUGGCAGCUGAAGACGUAUGAUCGCCUUCGCCUUCAUUUACCGAAGCAAUUUUGCGAGCUUCCUUUCAUGGAUUUCCCAACUGAUUUCCCAACUUACCCCACUAAGGAACAAUUUAUUAAGUACUUAGAGGAAUAUGCAAAGAAUUUUGAUAUUAGGCCACGCUUCAAUGAGAGUGUGGCACAUGCGGAGUACGAUUGUACGCUUCGUUUAUGGCGGCUGAAGACCGUCGGAGCAAAGGGCGAGGAGACGGAGUAUGUCUGCCGUUGGUUGGUGGCUGCCACCGGAGAAAAUGCGGAGCCGGUGAUGCCCACCAUGGAAGGAAUCGACGAUUUUGGUGGGUGUAUUAAGCAUACGAGUUUGUACAAGAGCGGCGAGGAGUUUCAGCUCAAAAAUGUUUUGGUUGUUGGCUGUGGGAAUUCUGGCAUGGAGGUUUGUUUGGAUCUCUGCAACCACAAGGCUAAACCUUCUAUUGUCGUCAGAGAUACGGUGCACGUCCUUCCACGAGAGAUGCUGGGAAAAUCAACUUUCGGGCUGUCCAUGUGGCUGCUCAAGUGGCUGCCCAUACGCCUUGUCGACCGGCUCCUACUACUUGUGUCGUGGCUGAUGCUCGGAGACACUGCUCGAUUCGGAUUGGACAGGCCGCGGUUGGGACCCCUUCAACUCAAAAACCUGUCCGGAAAGACCCCAGUCUUGGAUGUUGGUACCCUCGCCAAGAUCAAAAGUGGAGACAUUAAGGUAUUUCCGGGUAUUAAACGCCUGAAACGCCAUACAGUAGAAUUUGUUGAUGGACAAAUAAAGAAGUUUGACGCCAUUAUUUUAGCAACCGGAUACAGAAGUAAUGUACCCUCUUGGCUUAAGGAGGAAGAAAUGUUUUCAAGGAAAGAUGGGUUGCCUAGAAGGGCAUUUCCAAAUGGGUGGAAAGGGGAGUGUGGGCUAUACUCAGUGGGGUUUACAAAACGAGGGAUACUUGGUGCAUCAAUGGAUGCCAAAAGGAUAGCUGAGGACAUUGAACGGUGUUGGAAAGUGGAGGCAAAUCGAAACACCUCACUUUUGCCUUACUCCUUGUCUUGAUGAUUUUUUGUCGAGUUAGAGAUAUAGAAAAAAUCGAUUGAUGAGAAAGUGAAAGAUACAUGAUGAUUGGAAAUUUGGAGGGGUAUAUGAUGCCACCUUUUUGCCUAACUAGCCUCACACUCACUCAUCAUCACGAUUUUGCCGAGUUAGAGAAGUAGAAAUUGAUUAAAGAAAGUCAAAAAAAAAAAAAAAAAAAAAAAAUCAUUUUGCAUUUCUUCAAUCAAUUUCUAUAUCUCUAACUCGGCAAAAUCAUGAUCAUGGCUGAGGCAAAUUUGGGGAGCUCCAAGGCCAUCAUCAUCAUUGGAUAUAUGCAUGGCCGGUUUUGAUGCUUAAUUUGGGUACAAAGAAGAUGAAGAGAGAAUUAUCUUUUACAAGUGAUGAUGAUCACACAAGCGAAGGCCUCGGGAAGGAGGAUUCUUAGAGGGAAGAAAAAGGAUGCAUGCCUAAUUUGUUGGGGGACCUCAGCUACAUAAUCUGUACAUGAUCUUGUACAUUACCGCCCGUUUAUUCCUGAUUAAUUAGGUAUAUGACUUUACUAGAGAACACAAGAGAGAUCGAAGGAGGCGGCUCGGGGGAAAUUAAAGUUAUAGAUGAGAGCGAUAUUUGGUAAUUGUUUGGUGAGUUAUAUAUAUAAUUAUGUUUUUAACCUUUAACAUUUUCCCAUGAGGAUUGG